CUCUUUAAAGCUCUAAUUAUUUUUUAACAUAUUACUAUUUCUCACGUGGCAUAUCCCGUGUGAAGAAUAUUAGGAUAUCCCGCGCGAGUCUCCCAUGGGAUGGAAAUUUGGAUAUCCCAGGGAUAUCUCUGAGAUGUCACAAAUAUCCCAGGGAUCUCCCUGGGAUAUCUCAAUAUCCCGCGAGAUAUCUCUAGGAUAUCUCUGGGAUAUCCUUUUGCUCAGAGGGGAGGAGAACUAUUUCUCAUUUUAGACCUUAAUUUUCAACGCUGCACAAUAAUCAUGUCUAAUGUAUCAACAAUCUCUCUUUUACAAUCUUUCAAUCAAACCAUCUUUCUUUUUUUUUUUUUGAAAAAAAGAAAUUCUUUUUCUCUUCUGUAAGGUUAAACAAAAAUUUUUUUAAACAAGGAAAUGUUACAAACACGGAAUGGACAAUAAAAGUUGCCGUAAUAAUUAGUGUCAAUGCUAAUUAUUUAUUAUAGGUAAUCUAACUUUUCAUUUAUUAUAAACAUUUAAAAUAUAAAUAUAAAUGAUUUCAUAGUUUUACUAUUGUUUAAGGAAAGUAGCAAAUAUAAAAUCGUCGACAGUAAUUGUUAUAAUACUAGUGAGAAUAUUAUUAUUGUUGUUAGAAUAAUAUUCAUUAAUUUAAAAUGUCAUCCAGUUCAUAUAACUUUUGUUGUUGUCAUUAUCAUCGUUAUAAUUAUUGUUAGCAUAAAUUUUGUAACUAUAAGGGAGAAAAUAAUGUAAGGGGAUAUGGAAGCGAUCAGUCAGACAUGCCCCGUGUUGGUAAGACGAAAUAUUGCCCCUUCCAUAGGGGCAGAAUGUCGUCCGUCGCAUAUAAAAGGGGCUGCGUCUAGGCCAUCGCUCUCAGUCGAAUCUCCUCGAUCUUCCCGAAAACAAACCACAAACAUAAAGCGUCAAGUUUCAACAUAGAAUAAACUGAAGUGUGAGAAAUUCCAGCCGACCGAAAUGGGCCGACCAAGAACGGCCCAAGAACUUGCUUACCGUAAGGAACGCAGCCGUACCCGCCGCCAAGAAUUUCUCGCUCGCCAAAGAGCCGUCAGGGAAGGUCCGCCCGAAUUCUAUUUGGCCUAUCUAAGGAGAAAGCAGACACAAGGCCAAACUGCGGUUGUUGAGCAACGACGGACGACUAACAAGCCCCAGGUAGCGACGACUGAGGACAGCGAAGAACACCGGCCCCUGGUAGCUUGGCUCCCGGUUACGGACAUUAAGGUUAUCACCAAAGACGAAGACCGAACCGAAGCGAACCUUCAGGGCGGAACCACGCUCAGGGCCCCCGAACCACAAGGGAUCUCUCCCCUCUCGAAGUUGGCCUCCAACUUGACUUUCAACGAUAGCAGUAGCGACGAAGACGUGCUGGAACUCUACCCCAGGUCCCCGAUCGCCAGAUCUCCCUCACCGAACAGACAACUAUAGGACUCGCUUCAAACCAGCAGACUUGGGCAACUGCCACAGCCAACCGUCGAUAAAGCCCUCGGAACCACAACAAUAACCAUCUCCGGUAACAAAAAAAGAAAGGAGAAACCUUGUAAGGGGAUAAGUUAUACUGGGGGUUUAUAGAAUAUAUUUUGUUGUUCGUCAAAAGAA